UGAAGAUAGCGGACUGGAGUCUGCAAAGGAUAAGCGGCUCGGCCCCACCAUUCGAACGGCAUGAGUGCGGCCCAAUCGAUGCCGUUGCACUCACUCCUUCACAUGACUCGUAGAGAAAUAUAGCGAUGUCCCUGCCUGGAGCUUCAAAAGGAUAAGAAAAAAAACAACCAAAAAAAUUAAACACCGCGGAGAAAUCGAGAUACGAACGCUGUAUCUGUAUGUGUAUGAGUGACCAGUGUAGCAGGUGAGCGUUGCAACUUGAUGCCAAGAUGCUUCUAUCUCUGGGAAUGCUGAUGCUGUCGGCCACGCAGAUCUACACCAUCUUCACCAUUCAGCUCUUUGCUUUCCUCAACCUGCUGCCUGUGGAAGCCAACAUUGCAGCUUACUCAUUUGACAACAAAACUAAGAAUUUUGAUGACCUCCCUUCACGGUUUGGGUACCGACUACCAAGUGAUGGAUUGAAGGGUUUCCUGAUCGGGGCACGACCAGCGAAUGCAUGCGAGCCCAUUGAGCCCCCCCCAAGAGACAACCUGACGGGUGCCUUCAUUGUCCUUAUCAAACGCUUUGACUGCAACUUUGAUGUUAAGGUCCUCAAUGCACAGAAAGCCGGGUACAAGGCAGCCAUUGUUCAUAAUGUGGACUCUGAAGACUUGCUCAGCAUGGGCUCCAAUGAUCUGGACGUGAUGAAAAAGAUUGAUAUUCCUUCUGUGUUUGUAAGCGAAGAUACAGCCACCUCUCUGAAAGACGACUACCUGUUUGACAAAGGGGGCCAUGUGAUCCUCAUGCCAAACUUCAGCCUGCCAUUAGAGUACUACUUGAUCCCAUUCCUCAUUAUAGUUGGAAUCUGCCUCAUCCUUAUUGUUGUCUUCAUGAUCACAAAGUUUGUCCAAGAUCGACACAGGGCUCGGAGGAGCCGCCUGCGCAAAGAUCAGUUAAAGAAACUUCCGAUACACAAGUUUAAAAAAGGAGACAUCUACGAUGUUUGUGCCAUCUGUCUGGACGAGUACGAAGAAGCAGACAAACUCCGGGUCCUACCAUGUUCUCAUGCCUACCACAGCAAGUGCGUGGACCCCUGGCUGACCAAAACCAAGAAGACGUGUCCGGUGUGCAAGCAAAAGGUGGUCCCCUCGCAGGACGACUCCGACUCAGAGGAGAGCGCCGCCGAAGAGAACAACGAGGCGUCCGAAAGCACCCCGCUGCUGCGCUCGCUGGCCUCCACCAGCGCCCACUCCUUCGGCACCAUGUCGGCGGCAUCUCGCUCCGACCGCGGCCAGGAGUCUUCCUCUUCUGAGUACGAGGACGACGAGCUGGACGAAAGCAGCAACAGCGAGGAGGUGGUCAAUGUGGAGACCUGGUCCACAAUGUGUGGCGAUCUGGACGACAAUGUGGUGGUCCAGAUGCAGCGGUCGAGCCCUGAAGGCCACGAUCACAACCUACUUGAAGCUUGACUCUUUGUUGGGAACCCCUCAAAAGAUGCUGCUUACUUUAAUAUACUCUCCCUGCAUAUUCAAAUGUACAUUUGAUUGCAAGCUAGCGAAUGAAGUGUUGAAGGAACAUGAUAGGACUACACAUUCCGACUGUAUUGGAGUCGCUAAUAUAAGACACUCCUGAAAAACGAAGACAAUGUCCAGAAGAGCACUGCGUAAAUACACUCAUCACCAUAUGUAUAAACUGUGACUCUCUCUCAUUGUUUACUGUACAUACACACUGAGGCUUCAACUGCUAUGCCGCUUCUCCAGCCACGUUUUUUUAAGUACAGAGUGGAAAGAACACAGUAUACAGAGCAGUUUCAUCACUGGAAAGUAAAACAGUAAGUCAUGUUACAAGAAAUAAGGAUUGUGUUGCAAGAAUGAAGUUUUAAUACCAACCAAAAAAAGUCAUUUCAUAGUCAUGUUAUGAGAAGAAAAUUAGAUGGCGACCAGUCUAGGGUGUACCACGGCUCUCACCUAAAGUCAGCUGGGAUAGGCUCCAGCUCACCUGCAAUGCUAAUGAAGGCAGGCGCUAUAGAAAAGGGAAAGAGGAAAAGAAUAAAUUGUUCACUUGAGGAGUUGUGAAAAAAGACUGAACACUACAAAAAUGUAGUCAUAAUAUUAAUAGAAAAGUUAUUUGCGAACAUAGGAAAAAAGUCUUUAUUUUCAAGAAGCUUUAUUGUGAGAAGAUGGACUGGCGAGCAGGUUGCAUGACUUCAGAUUUUGUAAGUCCACACUAAAUUGAGUCGAUUUCGACUCGACGCUGAUCACGUUAUUGUUUCAGUGCUGUAAUUUUUUGGUUUAUCACAGGCAGAGGGAAUGCUUUGCAAUCACACUUGUCGACAACAAAAUUGUCAAGAUUUUUUUUGCUGAUUUUGGACAGUUUUGAUGUGCUGAAUCCAAAUCAACUUUUUGAACUGGCCACGUAUUUUCGCUUUAGAGGUUCAAAUAAACGGAGGUUCAUGCCCUGAAUUCUGAGCAAUGAUUAUGUAACAUUCAAUUAACAGGUACUUUUAUCAAUGUUUACAAUUAAAUUUGCAGUAAGCAAAGUUUGUAACAUUUGAUUAAUAAACUUAACAACUUGGCAUAAAAAUGUGACCUACACAAAAGAAAUGGAUGUCAUUUUUGGAUUCAGCGAUGCAAAAUUAACCUAAAUCAGUUGCAAAAAAUGUUUGUGUAACCCUCUAUAAUCUAUAUUCACCGACCAUAGUUCAUACAUGAAAUCUAUGCAGAACGUACCUGUUAAACACAAGAGCAUGGACCCGGGUAAAGCCCGCUAUGCCAUGAUGGUAUUUCCAGCCUGAGAAUCAAAUCCUCAAGCUUGCUGUGCUUGCCACUGGGACAGCCAGGUUAUUGCACAACUUGGCCCAACUGUCCACAUUCUGAGGCCACCACAGCAGCAAGUUCGGCAUGGUGGGAAUUUGCAGUGUUUGAAAAUCAUGGACCUCUGUGUGUGUGUAGUGAAAUAUUUCCCUGCUCUCCUUCCACUUUUGAUAGUCUUGUCUUUUUUUUAACCCAUCCACUCACUCCUGAAGGCAAAACAACCCCCAACAUGAUGCUGCCCCCUUGUACUUCAAAGUUCAGAUGGUGUUCAAACACAGACUUGCCAGCUUCCCUUUUUCCACCAAACAGUUUAAUUUUAAUUUCAUCAGACUACAGGACAUUUGACCAUUUGCAUUUGGAAACUCUUAACUGGCUUACAUUUCACUUGGAAUAAUGGCUGAGUGGCCUAUCAGCCCAUGAGAGUACAGUACUCUGUUUCACCGCCCGCUUUAGUAUCAUCACAAGGUCUUUUGCUUUCGUUCUUUACCUUUUGAAAUGCACAUUUCAGACUAAAGCACGUUCCUUUCUGGGACACCAGUCCCUUUUCUGAGCAGUAUGAUCGCUGGAAAUUCCCAUGGGGUUUAUUCUUGCAUAUAAUAGUUUCAACAGAGGAUCGUGGUACCUUCGGGUGGGUAUUUGAAAAUUGCAACCGAGGUUGAACCAGACUUUUGCAAGUUCACAAUUCAAUAAUAUACUGAUAUCUUGGCUGACUUCUUCUGACUUUCCCGUAUUACACAAAGCAACUUCAGAUGUUCCUAGUUCAAAUACCAUCCACAAAUGUAGCUGUAUUUGUCAGACCAUAAACCAAUCAGAACCUGGAGAAGACAACAGCUGGGUUUCCCAAAAUUGUUUAGACAUAUUGUACAUAAACGUCAGAUUUCAACUAAUGAAAUUGUCUAUAAAGUCUUUUACUUGGGUAUGUUAACAUGUGGUGUCAACUGUACAUUUACAGUUCCAUAACAAAUAAAUGGCUGCUAACCAGUAUACAAAGUGUGAGCGCGU